GAGAGUUGCAUAUGAGUUGGACAGCUGUCUAUCACAGAGGGGACGAUCUCCGAAGGUGUCCUAUAGAAUAUCGUACGAUCGGAUGGCGUCACAAGAUUUUGAAUGUCCGAGUACUCUGAGUUGAGGCGCCUGACCGUCAUAGCGCACUCUAUUCAAUUGAAACAUGUAUCAGCAGCCCGGAAUAGUAGCGCAGUUUGGGCCUUACUUCUUUUUAUCAUGAUAUCUCUUGUGCACAGGCCUCCUGCUCCACCCCUUUAUGCCUGCCACCACCGUCUCCUUUACACCCACACUCGUCAAACAUGGACAGUUAUGCUUCGGAUGAAGCAAACUUCGUCGAACACUUUCAGUCGCAGGGGGCGAGCCGCAGUGCAGUCGCUGCCUUGUGUUUUCUUGUCUGGGAUAUUUGCCUUACCACAGACGAUGAGGUGAACCACAUAUGGCUAAAACCAUGGGCACUGCCGAAGAUGCUUUAUUUUCUGACUCGUUACUCCUCUCUCGUCGUCCUCAUCCUGAGGAAUGUGUGGGGCAUGACAUGCAGGCAGUGGAUAGUUGUGGAAGGUGUAUCCGCCCUGGUCCUCGAACUUGCGGUUCAACUGAUGGUGGUAAUGCGUCUGCAUGCAAUGUAUGCCGGAAAUGAGAAGAUCAAACGGCUCAUGGUUGCACCCUUUGUUGCUGAGGCACUGAUCAUGAUGACCACCCUCGGACUCAGCGUACCGCGCAUCAUGACGAGUCCGAUGUGCCUUGGUGCGUCAAUUCCCAUAGAAAUGAUCAUUUACUGUGUUACCGCUAUCUUUUAUGAAUGCCUGCUCUUCAUCCUGACUGUAUCCAGAUAUGUAUAUGUAAGGCGAGAAGGGUGGCAAAAUGCUGCUUUAUUGAAUGUCAUGUUUCGUGAUGGCAUAUUGGCUUUCUCAGUAAUUAUCGCGGUGAUGAUUAACAAUACUGUCCUAUUUGCAACGGGACCCAGGGCGUUAGCGGUGCUGGGAUUCCCGUGGCUACUCGCUGUGCUAGGAUCUGCUGGCUCGCGCCUGAUACUGAACCUCAGAGUUGCGAACGCGCGAAUACGUCGACCCUGAUGACAACAAUGAUUGCAAUCCUCGCGCUCCUCUUACAUCUGAGACUGUGGUAUACGUAGCGGUCAUGGGACGACACGGCGGUGGGGCCGCACCAUAAAACCAGGAAACCACUUCGUGAGCCAAACUGCUGUGUUGAAUGGCUAUGUAGCAAAUACUGUUCUAUUUGUAUGAUGAUCUUGCUAUGUCAGUGACUGUAUUUUUUUAAUUGUAUUUGAUCAUUGAUGGACUUCACGAUCACGUGCACUAUAGUCUCAUUCCCGCUCUCUGAGUGCUUCCCUU